UGACACAUUAGUCACGUCGUUGUAUCGCCGUUGCAUGUCGUGUGAGAGAACAAUCAGUUGAUUGCUUUGAAAACGUUUAAAAGAGAAUGUCGGACGAGAAAAAAACAACGAAUCCAGCCGAGGAUGCUGAGCUGAACGAGCUAUUGGAUAGUGCACUUAAAGACUUUGACAAGCCUGUGAAACCUGUUAUAUCUACGGAUGAUGGUUCAUCAACAUCAGUUGUGGUUAAACCAGAAGAAGAGAGAAAUAAAAUCACGUCUGAGGAAGUCUGGAUUGAUGAUUUUGUGAAGCAAGCAGCCGAUCAAUUUCAACGAAAUUUUGAUGAUCUUUUGCACAACAAUGGCAAUUUCAGUGAAUCUUUUAAAAAAUUGGCAGACAGUGUUGCUGGAUCAGUUGGAGACUCUAGUGAUGUAGAGGCUCCACCACCAGAUUUUCAAUCAGCUAUCAAUCAAGCAUUGAAAGACUUGUCAGCAAAUUCUGAAAAUUUACAAAAUGUACCCAAUAUUAGUGAGGCUGAUUUAGCAGCCAUGUUUGGUCAGACAUCGUUAGAAGGUGGAGAUUUUCUACCAUUUAUGCAAGGAAUGGCAGAGUCAUUAAUAUCCAAAGAAAUUCUUUAUCCUUCAAUGAAAGAUAUAGUUGAUAGAUAUCCUGCAUGGCUUGAAGAGAAUCGAGCUACUGUACCUCCAACAGAUUUAGCAAAUUAUGAAAAACAAUAUGAACUUAUGAGUAAAGUAUGCCUGGAAUUGGAAUCAGAAAAAGAUGACGAUUCUGAGGAGGUCAAAAAAAAGCGAUUUGAAAAGAAAUUAGCAAUAAUGCAGGAAAUUCAAGCUUAUGGUAGUCCUCCAGAAGACUUAAUGAUUACAGAUGUAGAACCUGAAAAAUGCUCUAUUAUGUGAAUGGCAAUUUGUAGUUGGAAAGCAGGUUUUUUACAAAGAAAAAUGUUGUGCAUGGACACAUUAUUAGGUGGUGUAAAAUUAUCAAUAGCAUAUUUUGCUUUUUUGCAUACAAGUCAACUAGACUUCAAUAAAUCGCCAAUUUUGUUAAACAGUGAUUAUUUAGUUUGAAAAAUGGUUACUGGAUAAAUUAAAGACCAAAUUUCAAAAUCUUUAGUAUAACCGGAAAUAUUGAUAUAUUCAUUUAUUUCUGUUGAUUUUAUAAUCUACUUAUAAGUUACAAAAAAAAAGUAUUAAAUCAAAAUUUUAAAGUA